AUGCAUCUCUCCGUCGUUGCUGUUGCCGUUUCGGCUCUUGCCAUGUCCGCCCAGGCCGCGGUUGCUGAUGGUAGCUAUCCGGUUGCCUCUCCACCCACUGAGCCAUCCUACCCAGUUGAGUCCUCUUACUCCGCUGAGCCAUCCAACUCGGCACCUGGCUACCCGACCGGAGGCUAUCCUAUUCCUUCUUCCGAGUCUGAGUAUCCCACUGAGACCGCUGAGCCCACCGGCUAUCCCACCCACGGGUAUCCUACUCCCAGCGAGUAUCCUACUGAAACUCCUCCCGCCUAUCCCACCGGGGGCUAUCCUACUCCCAGCGAGUAUCCUACUCAGUCCCCUCCCCACUCUGAGUAUCCUACUCAAUCCCCUCCCGCCUCGGAGUACCCAACUCAGAGCUACCCGAACACCGUUCCUCCCUACCCAACCGGUCCUCCCCCCUCCAGCGCCCAACCCACUGGCACCGGUGGCUAUCCUACCACCACUCCUCCCGCCCCAACUUACCCACCAGGUGAGGGCGCUGGUUUCUCCACUAGCGUUCCCUUCGGACUUGGCCUUGCUGCUGCUCUCUUCGCUGCUUUCCUGUAAAUGGAGCAACCAUUGAAGAUUUGCAUGCAAUGAACUUGAGAACCCCUUAACAAAUAAUAUUUCUUGUUCCUAAUUAAGCCGACCUAUUCAACAACGGGUGGAAAAACUGACAGUCCUGUCUUUUUGCUAUUGGGCGGGCGGGGUGGCUUAAUUGGCGAAUCCACUUGUAUUCAUUUCUACUCUUUCCUCUGUAUAGCAGAUGCUUGGAAGGGCCUAUCAGACCAGGGAAUGCCGAGAGGUAUCCGUGAUCUGGACAAGUGAUGACGUUUGACUCUACCGCAAUACAGUGUUACACAAUUUUUACCUUUUUAAUCACAACCUGGUAUCCAGCUGGCGUUCUGUUGAGUUGGACAUGAUCUCCGUUGUUAUUCCGCCAAAUACGACUUUUCCAUAACCCUUAUGUUUUUCUUUUUCGGAUAGACUUUGUUUAUUCUUAGUAUUCUUCACGUCCUCUAAUAAGACUCAUUACGACC